AUGUCUAUGGAGGAAACUGAACAGCUCUAUGAUUUAUUGAAAAAGCUGAGCCUCGAGAGCAGGCCAUUAUCCGACCGGUACUGGAGCGUGAUUUGGAAUUUCCAGCGAAGGGAGAAGGCUCGACUACGAUCUACACCAAAUCCACCGACGGGCCGUGCGUGCUUCCACUGUCAUUGUCGCCUCGGCUUAAUCUUCAACGCGGGUACUCGUUGUGCACAGUGCGGACGUCUUCUAUGCAACACUUGUCGUCGCGGAACCUACCGCUCCAAAGUGGCUCUGCCAGAGUUGUUACGCACA